UUCAUUUAUCCGAAAGCCGCACGCUGCUUCUAGAUCAGGAUUUGGCGACUUCAUGUUGCACGCAACGGACAGCCAGCAGACUGGGAACUCCAGGCCUCCAUUCGAUUCGCCACCCUGCUUUGAUGCACCGUCUCGAAGGUACGGCAGAGCGGGCGCACAGCGCAUGACUCAAAGUUGCGAUUCCUGUCGCCAGCGAAAAGUUCGGUGCGACGCACGAGAGCCAUCUUGUGUCAAUUGCGAGAGCAUUAGAAUCGUUUGCCAAACACUGAAAUCCCAAGGCAAGCGUGGGAGAAAGGUGAUCGGCAACACUGAUUUGCGUGCUGCCCAACGACCCACCGCAGUGUCCCAGAUUGACGAACGAGCUCAGAGCCCCGUCUCACUCGACAGCUCGUCACACAAGCAAACGGUUUCAUCAGUAAGACCUCGCUUCGAUACGUCAUUCAGCGGGUCGCCAAAUCGUGGUCUCGCCUCCCCACUUCAGUGGGAGAACAUACCAGGAUCUCAACCUGGCAAUAGGACCGGCUGCAGCAGCCUCGCUCCUGUGCCGGCAGCUCAAAACUAUGCAGAUCAACACUUACUAUCUCCCAGUUCGGGAAUUUACUCCUGGAAUUCUGAUAUCAAUCCUGGGCUGGCAGACGUUGCGGAAGACCUCAUCGCCGCAGGCGUAACGGAGGCCCCUACAACCUACAUGGCCGCUUGCAUGGACCUUUUCUUCGAUAACAUCUAUCCUACGUAUCCAGUGCUUUAUCGGCCGGCCAUUGACAUAGCUCUCUCGGAUCUAGAGGUCCAAGGUAAAGGCUGGAACUGUAAAUCAUUCACUCUCAUCACGGCUUCCUGCGCAUACACCCUGGCAGUGUUGCCCGCCUCUGUCUCCAACGUUACAAGACGCGUCGCUGAGAUAUUCUACCGGGCAUCCAAAAAUGGAUUGGAAAGCUACGCAGAGAGGGACAUUGAGAAUCCAGACUACACAUCCAUAGUGAUUCGUAUGUUUCACUCAGGGUGGAUUCAUGCGUCAGGGAAAGUCCGGCCUUCCUGGUACAUUAUGGGGGACUGCAUACGCAUCUGCCAGUUGAUGCGCCUGCAUGAUGAACGAACUUACGAGACCAUGCCGUACAUGGAAGCACAGCUCUGUAAAAGGGCUUUCUGGACGCUGUACGCAGGAGACAAGUCAGCAGCUGUGCUUGGUGGCAACCCAAUGUGUCUUAAAAGUGAUCUUUUUCCGAAGGGCAUUACUGUCACUUAUCCAGAUCAUAUGCCGGAACAGGAUGAAAUUGAGAUCACCACUCCAACCGGGGCCAAGAAGCAGAUGAGCGUCAUGGAUGGGUUCCAUGCGAAUCAAAUGCUUUGGCGCUCUGCCGAACCGCUCCUCGUCGCGGGGUUCGGUGACGCGCAAGCACAACGAGACUUCAGCAGCUUGGCAGAGGCCUUCGUGGGGUUUCGGACCUGUCUGGACAAUGUCCCCUCCGUCCUGCGCUUCUACAACUCGUUGGAACUAUCGGUGUCCGGAUUUACCUUCGCGGAUCAGGCAAGCCACCUGAGAGUGCCUCGAGCAAUAGCGAUACAACGAGUAAAUCUCCAAGCCUCGUUCUAUUGCCUGAGAAUGGUUAUUCUGCAUAAGCUUCCCGAACUGUUCCACAACCGCUUCUUGGACGAACCAGGCGACGUGAGAUCGUUUAGAGGCGGGGAGAUAUCUUCUACAAGUAGCGGUCCCACCACACUUUCAUACAUGCUUGAGGCUAUGCAGAUUGCAGAGGAUAUGCUUGCAUUCAUUCACACAUCUACUCUGGAGCUCAUUAGUCUUAAUGGUGAGGCAUGCGUAGAGAAAAUACGCCUUGUUGGGGCUGCAAUUUUAGAGCUGAUGGCACAUAAUCUAUCCGGUCUGCUAAUCGACAAAGCAAAGAAGUACCUCGACCUGUACCCUCAUAUUUUAGCAAUGUUAGACAGCAAAGCAUCAGAGGUUGUCAGCCAAUGAUUAUCUCCUCGGAGAAUAAGCUCAUUGGCUUUCUUGCAAUUUUCCGGCUCAGGUUCCGCAUUAAAGAAGGUCCAUCCUUAAUCC